AUGGCCAACAUUAACUCAGCGGCUUCUUCCCAACGUCCUGAAAAGCCAGCGCAUCUGGAGCCGUCAGAAUUGGGGACCAAGCAAUACUGGGACGAGCUCUACACGACGGAGCUGACCAACCACGCCGCGAACCCGGCCGACGAGGGCAUAGUGUGGUUUGACGACUCGGACGCCGAGGCCAAGGUGGUGGCGUUCCUCGAUGGCUCGGGCGCGGGGCUCGGGCGCGGGCUCGACAAGGAUGCUGCCGCCGUGCUGGACCUCGGCUGCGGCAACGGCUCGCUCCUCUUUGCGCUGCGCGACGACGGCUGGGGCGGCCGCCUCCUCGGCGUCGACUACAGCUCGCAGAGCGUGGCGCUUGCGCAGCGCGUGGCUGUUGCGCGCCGGCGGGGGCCUGGGCAGGAGGAAGAGAGCGAGGAAGAAGGAGAGGGUGCCGAAGCCGAAGCCGAAGCCGAAGUUGAGUUCUGCGUCUGGGACGUGCUCAACGGCGCGCUCGACGACGUGCGCGCAUCAUCACCGUCACCCCCUUCCGUGACAACACCAACGACAGCAGGGGCUGAAGGGGGAUGCCAUGAUAAUGCGACAGCGGCGGCAGCGGGCUGGGAUCUCGUCCUAGACAAGGGGACGUUUGACGCCGUCAGCCUGAGCGACGAGCGCGACGCGCGGGGGCGGCGCAUCUGCGAGGGCUACGGAGCGCGGGUGCUGUCGCUGCUCCGGACCGGGGGCGUGUUUGUGGUGACGAGCUGCAACUGGACCGAGGCGGAGCUACGGGAGUGGUUUGAGCCGGCGCCGGCAACUACGGCCACGGCGCCGCCAUUUUUUGUGCUGCGGCAGGUGGGCCGGAUCGAAUACCCCAGCUUCAGCUUCGGGGGCGUCAAGGGGCAGACAAUCAGCACGUUGUGUUUCGAGAAGGUAGCAGUGGCAGUCUCGCCAUCAUGA